AUGAAGACUAGUAAUGGAAAAGGAUCAGUCUCUGUUUUGGUGCUGUGUUCAGUGUUUGUAUUGUUGAUCACGGUCGUGUUCAUUGUUAAUUCAGUCGACUUCGUUUCGUUGAUCCAAUUCACUACUGGUUCGAAAUCGGAGCAUAAAAUACAGGCCAUCGAGUUGCAGACGACGGCGAUUACAACUGCACUGCGUGGAUUCCGAGCUGCUUCCUUCGCCGCCGAUAGUCACUCUCCAAACGUAACAGUCAUUGCGAGCAAUAACUCCGCUCUGCCUCAUAGAAAAGACCAAAAACUGGAGCAAGGACUGGCCCGGGCACGAGCCGCGAUUCGGAAAGCAGCUUCAAGAUCAAGCCAGAACCUAUCGGCGAUCCGCCGUAUUGUCUCCGCUGAAAUAUUCCGUAACCCCGGCUCAUUUUAUCAGAGUUAUAUGGAAAUGGAGAAGAGGUUCAAGGUAUACGUGUACGAAGAAGGGGACCCACCAAUCGUACAUGAUGGGCCCUGCAAGAGCAUAUACACAAUCGAGGGUAGAUUUAUACACGAGAUGGAGCACGGUAGUAAUAGGUUCAGGACAAGAGAUCCUCACUUUUCUCACGUUUACUUCAUGCCCUUCAGCGUCGUUUGGAUGGUAAAGUACUUCUACAAGCCUAACUCUUACAACGUGUCUCCUCUCAAAGAGUUUGUGGAUGAUUAUGUGAAUGUCAUCUCCACAAAACACCCUUUCUGGAAUCGAACUCAGGGUGCUGAUCACUUCAUGCUUUCAUGCCACGAUUGGGGUCCACUUGCCUCAAAAGGUAACCCAUUCCUCUACAACACUUCAAUCCGGGUCUUCUGCAAUGCCAAUUCCUCCGAAGGCUUCAACCCACAGAAAGAUGUCAGCCUCCCAGAAAUCCAUCUCUAUGGUGGCAUCGUAAACCCCAAGCUCCGCUCUCCUCCACCAGCCAACAGUUCAAGACCCCACCUUGCAUUCUUCGCCGGGGGAAGUCAUGGUCCAAUCCGGCCAAUCCUCCUCCAGCACUGGAAGGGCCGUGACCCCGACCUACCAGUUUUCGAAUACCUUUCCAAGGAUCUAGAUUAUUACUCUUUCAUGCUCCAAUCAAAGUUCUGUCUAUGUCCUAGUGGGCAUGAAGUGGCUAGCCCAAGAAUUGUGGAGGCCAUUUAUGCUGAAUGUGUCCCAGUGAUACUAUCUGAUCACUAUGUGUUACCAUUUAGUGACGUGUUGAAGUGGGAGGCAUUCUCAAUACAGGUUGAGAUUUCGGAAAUUCCGCGGUUGAAGGAGGUGUUGAUGGCAGUUCCGGAGGAAAAGUAUGCGAAGCUGAAGGAGGGUUUGAGGGCCGUGAGGAGACAUUUUGUGUUGAAUCAACCAGCUAAAAGGUUUGAUGUGUUUCAUAUGAUAUUACACUCUGUGUGGCUUAGGAGAUUGAAUGCAAGGAUUAGUGCUACCAUACAUUCGAUUGCCGUAGUGCAGUUAUCUUUCAAUCAAUUUCCGAUCCCCAGUGAGGCAGUGACAUAUCAUGAAUUCGCCAAGGGGACCAUGGCUCAACUCUAUUACCCGGAAUGA